AAUAGAGACUGGUGGUGUGCGACUAGAGAGAGAAAAAACUUGAUUAAUCAUCAUACAGUAUCUAUAUAAAUUUCAUCAUAAAACGAAACGACCCCGAAUUUCAUCAUAGUACGUCGUUCUUUUGUAAAUAAAAUUUUCACAUUGCUCAGCCAACAGCUAUAAAGUGCAUCUGAAAUAUAUAAUACUUUGAACAUUCAUCGAUUUUAGUUAAUAUAGUUUGAAGUUCAAUCGUGACAAUUCACUAAAAUUUCUUUUUUGUGAAUUUCCACCAGAGAGCAAAAGGAAUUAAACCUCAAGUGUUGUGAUACUAGCGUUUUAAGUUAGUUGAAAUCACAUUUAUUUAUAAAUCUAAAAAAAGAGUCUAAUUCAAUAACUUUAAUAGGUUAUCUAGUGUAAUUUUGUUAAGCGUAAUUUAUUCAAGUAAACAAACAAAAAUGGCAUCCGCGUGGAAAAAAGUCGAACCAGUUGAAACUUGUAAUUUACAAGAGAUUAUGUCAGAAGAAUAUGCACGCGGUUUGCAAGACAAAGAGAAUAAAAAGUACGAGGAUCAUUUGAAAGAUGUUGCUGCUCCGUUUAUCGAUGCACCACAAACGUUUGCAUCACAAUUGCAGAAUGAUUCAGUGGCUCCAACCAAGGCAGUGGUGGAAGGAACGAGUGAUACAAAGUAUUCAUCGAUUGGUCGUCAAAAUCAGUUGAUUGAUAUUCCGGAAGAUGUGUUGAAUUUCAUUCGAAACGACAGUGAAUUAAGUGAAUCGGUUGAUUUUUGUGAUUCGGAUCGAAUUUUGGCCGAAAUGAUGCAGGCUGCAUUCGAUAAAGAGCAUGAUGACGAAGUGAAUCGCAUUGAAAAGCAUACAAACAAAAAUUCAAAAGUUUCGAUAUCGUUUACGAAUUUCCGGCGACAACAUCCAACCGAUGCAGCAUCCAAUUCAGAUGACGACGAUGAUGAUGAUGGCGAACAAUCAAAGAAUUGGGAUCGCUUCGAGGCAAAUGAAAAACUCAUUCGUGGUUUGAAUAAAAAAGGUUUGGGUCAUGAUCAAGACGGUGUUAUUAUAUCGAAACAUGAUGCACAAGUGUGUGGCGUACGAAAUGCUCAACGGUUGAUGUCAUUUCCAACGGAAUUCACCACCGGCGAUGCGGCUGGCUUUGACAUGAAACUCUCCAAUCAAGUGUUCAAUCAACUGAAAUCGUAUUCGCAGAAGAGCAAGAAAACAAACAAAGCUCAAGAUCGUCGUGAAAACAAAGUGACUGCCGAAAUGGGUAUCGAUGAACCGACUCGAUUGCGUUUGUACAAAUUGAUCAACAAUCAAAUUUUGGAACAAGUUAACGGUAUCAUUUCAACGGGCAAAGAAGCCGUCAUUUUGCAUGCCAACAGCGACCCGGGCUAUACUGGAGAUUUGAUUUUGCCCAGCGAAUGCGCUAUUAAAAUCUUCAAGACUACAUUGAAUGAGUUCAAACAACGUGACCGUUAUAUCAAGGACGAUUAUCGUUUCAAGGAUCGAUUUAGCAAACAAAACAAUCGUACCGUGAUUCAGAUGUGGGCCGAAAAGGAAAUGCAUAAUCUGAUGCGAAUGCAAAAAAUCGGUAUCAAUUGCCCCGAAGUCAUUGCAUUGAAGAAGAAUCUGUUGCUAAUGUCAUUCAUUGGUUCGAACAAUAUUGCGGCACCAAAGCUUAAGAACGCAAUUCUAUCGGCCGCCGAACUGAUUUUGGCAUAUGAAGAAGUUGUCGACAUUAUGGUACGUUUGUACAACGAAGCCAAUUUGGUGCACGCUGAUUUAAGUGAAUACAACAUUUUAUGGCAUGACGAAAAAUGUUGGUUGAUUGACGUUGCUCAAGCUGUUGAACCGGGACAUCCAAGUGCAUUGGAAUUUUUAAUGCGCGAUUGUUAUAAUAUUUCAACAUUUUUCACACGCAAAGGAGUUACUGGUGUCAAGACAAAAGAAGAACUCUUUUCACAUAUAACUGGCCUUGAUUCGACCGUGCACAAUGCACAAAUGCUUGAACGCAUCCAUACCAAGGGACCCACCGAACUAUUGGCCACGGCACAAAACAUCGAUGAAAUGCCCGAGCAAGUCAAACCAAUUAGCUAUCCGUUUGACUAUGCCUGGAACAAAACACAAGAGCAAAAAGUGGCUGCAGCCACCACUGAUACACCAUUUGUUGCCAAUUAAAUAACAUGAUUCUUAUGUCAAACUGCCAAUAAGCGUUCAAAAAUCAAAAGAAAAACAAAAGAAAUGAAAGAAAAAAUCAAGAUUAAAAUAAAAUUGUUUUUUAUUUCUAUAAA